AUGUUCACCUGUCCUGCCGUCGACGGCGACAUCCCGAAAGAACCGAUGCUGCGAGAGGCAGACUCGAAUGGGGCCGGGGACGAGAUCCCGAGCGAGACCUAUGCAGAUGUCCUCAGCCAGCACUUGCGGUCACUGCAAGUGGUCCUGCUCCAACAUCAUGCGACUGAAUUGGGCAGACUGCGUGACCAGAACGACAAGUUGCAGCGUCAGCUAGCAUCUGCGCAGACGCGGCUCCGGGGCGUCGACGAAGAUCCACAGCCUCGAGUGAUUUCGAUGCCUGCCUUGCCAGGCUAUCCUGCGUUGGAACGGGAGGAGAGCGCCGCGUCGGGCCAAGUUUCCAAGCUUGUGUCCAACAGUUCGCUGGCCGUGGACAUCGCCACUAGUGACUUGAAGCAAUGCGAGCGCUGGCAAACUCUGACCGCAAAGCUGAUUGAGGCUGCCGGCUGCAUGACUGCAUUCGAUGCACCAGCACCAAAGCCGAGGAGUACGGCGGGCAUAAUGUGUGAGCUGAAGAUGCGACCGUCCUGGAGCCACUCCUUGGUGCAGACAAAGGCCACCUACCAGAGGUCCAGAUCUCACAUUGCGGCACUCAGGGAGAUGUCGUCGACAUUCAAGAUCAAUGAUGCAUUCACCGACACCUCCUUCCUCCAGCGCUUUGUCGUGGGACCUCACAGCAGACAUCAGCUCGUGUGGGCGAUUAUAGCCAGCGUGUUCAUCAUCUGGGAUUUGAUCACCAUACCCUUGGAGAUGUUCAACGUUGCAGAGUUCAUCCGUGUGCUGGAUAUUGUGGGCGUGACCUCGCUGACUUUCUGGGCGAUGGACAUUCCGUUGCAUCUUGUCUUCGGCGUGCAGCUGCGGGGAUCUCUCGAGAUGCGGCCGUCAAAACUGUGGAGCCUGUAUGUGCGCUCCUGGCUGGCCGUGGACCUGUUGAUAGUCUUGCUUGACGUCGCGCUUAUUCUUCUGGAACGCAUGUCGAGCGGCCAGAGCAACGGUGCUUUCAGAUCCGCACGCUUCUUGCGAUCCCUUCGGUUGCUUCGGCUGUUUCGGUUGGUGCGAGUGGCCAAGCUUCAGCGGGAGCUUUCCUUGGUGGCAAGUCGGUUCUUAUCAACUUAUGCCUUCAUGGUCAUGAAGAUUGUUGGCGCCCUACUGAUGAUGCUGGCAAUUAACCACAUAAUCGGAUGUUGCUGGUUCGGCAUUGGAUCUGGGACUGACAGCGACAACACAUGGAUUCAUCGCAUCGGAAUCGAAGAUGCAGAUUUUGGGACAUCCUACGUGUGCUCGAUCCACUGGGCUUUGACGCAGUUCACACCCUCGACGAACAAUAUCGCCCCUGAAAACGGCAUCGAGAGGUUUUUUGCCAUCUGGGUGAUCCUGCUCGCAAUGGGUGUCUAUUCAUCCUUCAUUGGAUCCAUCAGCUCGACUGUGAAUUCCUUGCGGGCUGUCCGCGGCGAGAAGAUCAAGCAGCACUCGCGGCUGCAAGUACUUCCCGUUGUGGUGGCGCAUCUCCAAGACUCGAAUCCAG